GGCGUCGAGGCCUGCCCACAAAGUUCUACACACUCGGGCUCGAGGCCCGCAUAACCCAAAACCUCCUCAGUCAGAACCCUUUGCCGCUAUUCCAUCGGUUUGAUUCUCACUUCCGUUGACCAUUCUCCGGCCCCCUGAGCUAUGGGGUUCUUUGACCUGAAUAUCCCGUACGUUGAGGCCGACCGCCAUAUCGCCGACAAGAAGUCGGCGAAGGCCAUGCGCCUCAAGCUCAUUAUCAAGGCCAUGGAGCUGGGCUACACUGGAGUGGCCUACAACCGCACGAUCAAGGGAGUCAUGUCCGAAACGGAUCGUUGCUCCAUCCCUCUCUUCCCUCUUUCAUCCAUUCUCAAGCUCUCUCCUUCUAUCUCCUCUGCUGCCAAGCUCCACCGCGGCCUUCUAAACGUUCCCGUAUCCUCUCCCUUUCGCCAGUACACUCGCUUGACUGUAACAGUCGAUAGCCCUGCUCAAGCCUCUGUUCUCAAUUCCGGGAACCCAAUUACCAAGAGCUACAACGUCGUCGCCGUAAUGCCGCUCAAUCAGAAUGCUUUCGACCAAGCUUGCCAGAUUUCCGAGGUGGAUAUUAUUACCAUUGACUUCUCCAGAAAGACGCUAUUUAGGCUGAAGCAACCCAUGGUCCAGGCUGCAGUCCAGCGAGGAGUGUAUUUUGAGAUAACUUACUCAAGUCUUCUUAUUGAUGCUCAAACAAGGAGGCAGAUGAUAUCUAAUGUCAAGCUAUUGGUCAAUUGGACAAGAGGGAGAAAUAUUAUUCUGACAAGUUCUGCUCCUUCUGUAUCUGAAUUCAGAGGGCCAUAUGAUAUAGUGAAUCUGUCCUUCCUGUUAGGUCUCUCCUCUGAACAUGCUAAAGCAGCCAUUUCCAAAAACUGCAGAACUCUUAUGGAAAAUUCUUUAAGAAAGAAGCUGUAUUACAAGGAAGCCAUCAAGGUUGAAGCAAUACCUUCUGCCCAUUCAGUCAGAUCCAUAUUUGAUGAUUGGCUUAAAUGGGACCCAAUCUCAAGUGGUGAUGGAGAUUUGUUACUAGAUGACAUUGAUAAAUUAUUCUCAGAUUCCAGCGAUGUAUCGCAAAUUGUUAAGCCCAUAGAUUUUACCUCUGCUAUGAAUGGUCUUCCCACACACGGUCUUGAGAUAAGAGAUGUGAUAUCUUCAAGUCACUUAGAACCAAAGCUUCUGGAUGAUGUUUCACACUUUCCUGCUUAUCAGUCAAUAGACAAUGGAGAGGAAAAAGAAGAGCAUAUGAUUUCUGAAAGAAUAUCUUCUGACAGUGGAGUGCAUGGACUGAAUUUGGAAAGUGACCUAUCUAAAUCUGAAGGACAAGAAACCUUAUUACCAGAUAACACAACAACCAUUUCCAAUUCGUUAGUGGAUGCUGUUAUAUCUUCACAGCACUCUGAUCUCACCUCUGCUAAAAUUUAUGUUCCAGCACCACUCCCACUUGAGAAAUCUGAUACCUUAAAUACUUCACAUGCUGAAGAGUCUCCGAUCCCAGGUAUUCUUGAUUCUGGUCUUCAUCCACGAAGUGCUGCUGUUGAUGAAAUUGUGAAGGACAUGAAGGACCUCAGUGAGAAGGAACCGUCUUUGGUGUGUGAUAAUGUGGAUACACUAGAUGAUUUCGUUGAGACAGAAGAAAUUAGGGAUAAUUCUGUAAAUCCAGUUAAUGAAUUGCCUAUGCCUAAUUCUAAUAAUAAUCCCAUGCAAAACAAGAAUGAGUGUAAAGCUGCUGAAACUGAACUAAUGGAAGCUGUACAAAUCCGGACGCCAUCUCCUUCAGGGAGAAAAGGCCACAAGAAGGCGCUGCUCCGUCCUUUUUUAUUUCCUUUCAAACGGAUGGUGAGGCAUAGAUAUCUCAACAGGAGGAAGGCCAGCCGUAGGUUUGAUUAGUUUUGAUUUAUUACUAAGUUCAAUUGUAAAAAGUAAUUUGUUGAGGAUGUUAUUUGUAAUUAGUGAUAUUUACUUUUGAAGCUUAAUCUGUAAAGAAAGGAUAGUGAAAACUCUGUAUGCCACCAUUUUGAUGCAAGGUGAAAACUGACAUAAAUAUGAGAACUUGUAUUUUACUCCCCACA